AUGUCAAAAUUGGCGAUUAUGCUUCAACUCAAUGGUCGGUGGGAUAGCGUUCAGAGAUACAAAGAUUUUGAUGUUGAUGGAAUUGUAGUCAAUGAAGAUUCAAAUUAUAGUCAAUUGAAUUCCGCAAUUGUAGAUAUGUCGAAUGCGAACAUAAUUGCAGGUACUUCUGAUUAUCGUAAUACUAAUGUGGUACAAUUGUCAAACAAUUAUAACACAAUUGGAGAAGUAUCAGGAACAGUGAAGCUGAUCGAUAUGCCAACAUCUCCGGCAAUUAUGGAAUAUGAAAGUAUCAUCACAACAGAACAUACGCCAAAUGUAAUUGAAGUGGGCCAAGUUAACCAACACAUGCAAAUAAUUGUCAGUGCAAUGAAACAUUAUUCUUUUAUGAAUAAGUUUCAAUUUAGGGUGAAAAGGUCUAGUGCAGGAAGCUACUGCCUCGUAUGUGUUGGGAACAAUUGUACGUGGCACUUCAAGUCCACCAGCAUAAAUGAAUCAGCAUUGUUCAAGUUUCAAAAAUUUAACAGCUUGCACACAUGCUCUUUGAUGGACAACACAUAUAUACAACGCAAAACUACUUCCAUGGUAGUUAGAAGCAUGGUGAUGCCAAAAUAUACGGAUCAUAAGACAAUAUAUAUACCAAAAGACAUACAAACUGACAUGUUGUCGGAACAUAGUGUGAACUUAACAUACAUGCAAGCUUGGAGAGCAAAGAAAAAUGCUUUGGAAUUUUUGAGAGGCCAUCCUGCUGAUUCCUACAGUCGCUUGCCGAGUUAUUUGUAUAUUUUGGAGAAAACUUAUCCGGGGUCAGUAGUGAAAUUGCAGAAGACUGAAGAUGAAUAUUUUUUGUAUGUACUUGUUGCUCUUAGUACGUCCAUCAAGGGUUGGGAGCAUUGUAGGCCAGUUGUAGUAGUUGAUGGCACCUUUUUGAAGUCGGCAUAUAGGGGAAACAUGCUAACAGCUAGCACAAUGGAUGCAACAUGUAAUGUAGAUUAA